AUGGAGAGCGAUAAGCAGCAUUUUCGAUAUAUAAAGGGUAAAAAUGCUGUUCAAGCCAGAAAGAAAUUGACUGAUGUGUAUGGAGAAGGUGUGUUGACAGUACGCCAGUGCCAGAACUGGUUCGCUAAAUUUCGAUCCGGCAAUUUUGAUGUCGAAGAUGCACCACGUUCGGGAAGGCCGGUUGAAGCUGAUAAAGACGCGAUAAAGGCAUUAGUUGAUGUAAACCGGCGAAUAACAACACCUGAGUUCAGAUUGAGGUUAAAUUUAUCAAAUUCAACAGUUUAUGACCACUUGAAAGGCCUGGGAUUAAUGCUUUCCUUGAAGCUCGAUCUUUUACCGGAUAACACAACGAUUAAUUCGGAAGUCUACUGUCAUCAGCUGGACAAACUGAAUGAUGCACUUCAACAGAAAAGGUCAGAACUAAUCAACAGGAAAGGUGUAGUGUUUCACCAAGACAACGCGAGACCUCACACAAGUUUGGUCACUCGCCAAAAGCUUUUACAGCUUGAAUGGGAUGCAAUGCUACACCCACCAUAUUCUCCAGACCUGGCACCAUCGGAUUAUUAUUUGUUCCGGUUACUCCAAAAUUUUUUAGACGGUAAAACCUUCACCUCAAAUGAGGAGGUCAAGAAUCUCCUCAAUCAGUUUUUUGCCAGCAAAGACCAAACAUUUUUUGAGCGUGGAAUUAUGCUACUACCAGAAAAAUAG